AUGGGCCAACAGGUCAAGUGGCCCCCAAAGAUGGAAGCACCUGACUCAUUAUGGAACCCGGGACUCUGUUGCGACUUCCAUCGCAAUCACGGCCACAAAACUGAAGACUGCGUCGCCCAGAAGAUCGAGGUCAACGAACUGCUCCAAAAGGGGCAUCUCCGAGAAUUCCUUUCAGAGAAAGCCAAGGCUCAUCUCAGCAAAGAAGCAUCAUGGAAAUCCAAAGGAGACGCACCAAGCUCACCACCUCGCCAGGAUCGGGUGAUUCAUGUCAUCUCAGGAGGCUUUGAAGUAAGUGGUGUGAGUCAUGCAGCUGCGAAGAAGAGCACCCGUAAUGCUAAACACGGCCUGGAGACUGCUCAACCUAAAUGCCUACUUCUAGGUACCGACGAAAUAAACUUCACAGCUAAGGAGCAAGAGAAGAUAUUAGCUCCCCACCAUGAUGCUCUUGUUGUCUCUCUCACCAUAGCGAACUGUUUGGUGAAAAGUAUACUAGUAGACAACGGGUCCUCCAGCAAUAUCAUCUUCCUGACGGUGUACCAAGACCUACGGUUAGAGGAGAAUACCCUGACACGCAAACUAACUCCACUCAUCGGGUUCAGCGGCGAGGACAAGCAAACCGCUGGGGAGGUUGUUCUACUAUUAUAUGCUGAAGGGAUCAACCUAUCUACCAAAUUCCUGGUCGUGGACUACCAAUCGGCAGACAACAUGAUCUUAGGACGACCCUGGAUUCACGACAUGGGAGCAGUCCCUUCAACCCUCCAUCAAAUAGUGAAGUUCCCUACACCCUGGGGCAUCAGAGCAAUCCGAGGCGACCAGUAG